AUGGGCAAGCCAUUAAGCAGACCUGACUGUUUAAGGCAGAGCCCUGCUUGUUUGGGGAAGGGAGAGGAUGAAGACGGCUACAUAGAAGACUGUUACGUUCCUCAGAGGUCCAUCUAUGACACCAUGAGAAUAAAUGAGCAGAUCGAUCAGGGCUCCAAGCUGAAUCAGCCUUCCAAGAGCACGCUGGAGAAAGGAGACAGUAGUACCAUUUCUAGCAAUGGGACUUUAGGGGCCCCCGGUGCUCUGGAAUCAAAAGUACCAGAGAGCAAAAAAUUAGAUGAAAGAGUCAUUUUUGAUGCUUUGAAACUUAGCAGCGAUGUCUCCAAGUCAGCCCCGGCACCCCCAAGGCGACGGCCUAACUUGGAGAAAAAGGAGAAUAUCAAUCGACGCUCCUGGAAAUCGUUUAUGCCACCCAAUUUCCCUGAGUUUGCUGAGAGAAUUGAAGCCUCCUUGAGCGAAGUCUCCGAAACUGCUGUUUCCAACCCCUCCUUGCAAGAGAAGCCCGGGUCUCUCUCUGUGGCCGAAAGCUGCAGCCCCUCAGGCCACAGGGAAUCCCUGUCGGAGCCCCUGACCCUGGAGCAUGUGCCCAAGCCCUCUGGGGUGCCAGACGUUCAGGAGGCCGGGCCACCAAGUGAAACCUUGUGUGAGUUUUCCCAGGAAGAGUGCCAGCAGCCCCUUCUGGAACCAGAAGACAUGGUGGUCAAUUUAAGUGGGGGCAGGCGGAAGGGCCAUCGCCUUGUGAGUGCAACGUGGCCCAGGCUAGUGAAAAACCCUCUCAGGGCCUCAGGCCUCAGGGGGAACCACGACAUCUUGGAGGCAGACGAUUCCGAGUGUGUGAUAGAAACUGUGCCCCUGUCUCCCUGCCUGAGCGAAGAGCUCCUAGAUCCAGGGAUGGGUGUUCUCCUCACCCCUGGUCUCCGGGAGAAGACAGAAUCCGAGUUGAGAUUUGAAGAGGAUGAGCGAUUGAUCAUGAUGGAAGCUGAGGAGUGGGAGGAAGGCUCCCUGUCAGAAAAGGGGAAGGCGGAUGAGGAAUCAGAGGGCUGUUUGACAGGUAUUUCUGAAGAAAAGGGACAAUUAUGUGUUCCAUUCGUGACAGUUGAGGAAGCUGUAAAGAAGGUUGCUGGAGUCCAUGGAACCUAUAACCAUCCAUUGCACCAGCAAGAACUCUGGGAUGACUCAGAGCCUCAGGCUGCGAGCUCUGCUCUGGUUCCCCAGGAAACACAUCAAGGCUUAAGCGCUCUUCUUGGAGAGGGUGAUGGGGUUUGCAGUCCUGAAGCUGUAACAAUCCAAGGGGAAGGGGAAGAAUUUGCCUCUGGUGUGGACCCCUGCCUCGGUCCUCCUGCCCCGGAGCAAUUUUCUGACACGGACUCUGUGCAGAUGUUCCUUGAACUAGAAAAGCUUUGCAUGAAUGAGAAGGAGAAAGAUGGGGAAGCUCCAACUGAAUUUGAGGUUACGUUUUCUUCAGAAGGGCUGGACCUACUGGAGAAUUUGGACUUGCCCUCUGAGACUGUGGCAGAACCUUCCCAACACUUGACUCACCAUGAAAUCAGUGUGGCGGACUCAGCCAUGGUGUCUGAUCUAGAGGAUUUUGAUGCCACUUUUGGUUCUCAAGUAGCAAGUGCAACAGAGCCGACACUGUCAGAAUCUUUUUCUGAACAGGACACUUCUGGGGACUCAGAGAAAGGGAUGCUUUCCAAUCCUGCGGUUGCAAAAGAUGUUGACUCGCAAUAUUGUUGCAAUCAUUCAUCUUCUGUUACUCUGGUGGGAGAGAAUGGAGCAGAACCGCUAACGACUGAUGAAGUGGCAAAAAGUCACCAGGCCAAAGGCCAGUUGGACUUGGUAUGGAGAGAGUCCGUGGUUUCAGUUCAUGUGCCUUGCUGCAGAGCACAAGCCCCUUGCAUUCAGGUAGCUGAGGAGGAAACGCCUCCUCUGUUCAGUAGGACAUCCCUGAGCCAUGAUGAAUUUGCUACCAUUGCUGAAGACCUAGAUUCUCAGCAAGAAUUUGAUCUGAUUGAAGGGAUGGUGAGCCCUGAGGAACAGGAGCUGUUUGCUUCUUAUGAGCUGAAUCCUUCAGAAAAGGUUCACUGACUUCAAUCCUAGCUC